GCGGUGUCACCCCUGCCUGGGUGCCAUGGUUAUCUGUUACACAUGAGCUCUACUAUGUGGUACAUCAUGCAGAGCAUUCAAAGUAAAUACUCUUUGUCUGAGCGGCUCAUCCGUACCAUCGCAGCCAUUCGCUCGUUUCCCCACGACAACGUGGAGGAUCUCAUUCGAAAGGGAGCAGAUGUGAACCGGAUGCAUGGUACACUCAAACCACUUCACUGUGCCUGUAUGGUCGCUGAUGCUGACUGUGUGGAACUGCUGCUUGAGAAGGGUGCAGAGGUGAAUGCUUUGGAUGGUUAUAACCGCACUGCUCUGCAUUAUGCUGCAGAGAAGGAUGAGAGCUGCGUGGAGCUGCUGUUGGAGUAUGGGGCCCAGCCAAACGCCCUGGAUGGCAACAAGGACACUCCGCUUCACUGGGCUGCUUUCAAAGACAACCCUGAGUGUGUGAGGGCCCUGCUGGAGAGCGGCGCCUGUCCCAACACCCGGGACUACAACAACGACACACCUUUGAGCUGGGCAGCAAUGAAGGGCAACCUGGAGAGUGUCAAAGUCCUAUUAGACUAUGGUGCGCAAGUCCACGUGACUAACCUAAAAGGUCAGACCCCUAUAUCCCGACUGGUGGCCCUGCUGGCCCGGGGCCUGGGUACCGAACAGGAGGAAGAGUGCUUGGAGCUGCUGUGUCGAGCAGCGGGGCGGUUUGAGAUCCGACGGGCUGAUGGCACCCUUCCCAAAGAGCUGAGUAAAGACCCCCAACUGUUGGCAAGGCUGACCAACAUGGUGACUCAGGCUCCGACACUUCGCUCUCUGGCACGCUGUGCCGUACGGCAGAGUCUUGGUAUGCAGUUCCUUCCCACUGCUGUAAAGGAGCUUCCUCUACCAGAGAUCGUCAAAGACUAUCUACUGUUGAGAGACUGAUAAUGACAGUGUCUAGGCAUUCUCUGACCUCACUGGUUGGUAAUUAGACAGCUCAUCACACUGCAUUUAUAGGCAAGGUAAUACAGAUGUAUGUAACAAAGUUCAUGCUCAAUCACUGAGAAAGAUGUGUAAAACACCGUGAGUCUUUAUUAUUUUGUAGUUGCACAAGAACACCUGGAUGAGCAGAAAUUCAAGUGCAGAAUAUUAAGUCUACCAGCACAUUUUCAAAAGCGUAACGUCUUUUUAAGUGAAGCUUGGUAGCACAGAAAAACUUUAAGGUGGUAUCUCACUGAGCUGUGACUUUUGGGAAACUAGUUAUUGACUCUACAUUGUGAGAAAAUAUGUGAAUUUUCCAUUGCAGUCCCACUGAAUCAUGAGUGUUUGCAACCAAGUGGCCAGUAAGCUGUUGAAAAUUAUGGUUUAUUUUUGUGUGCGCAGCCUGCAAAACUGCAUUCUUGGCGAUGCACACUAUUUUGUUGUCCACCUCAGCUUGUUGUCCACCUCAGCCUCUUCACUUGCUUUUAUGAUUUAAUUUACUGGAGGAAACUUUUGAUAUGAGGAUGAGCAGAUCUGGAAAAGAUCAAAAUUAUCAUUAGAGUGUUUUUUACACCUGGACGUUA